AUGCUGAAAAGACCUGACCAGAGUGAGAGAUGUUUAGCUACCAGACAGCUUGGCAACCGCAGGUGCUUUGCGCACCCAGUCCAGCAGCCCACUCUCAGCAACAUCAACAAGCCAUCUCGCCAGCGCACCUCGUGGGAAAGAAUACGUAUAACCCUUCUGCCCAACAUAUCCCACGAACGGCUUUCCAUCUUCCCUGUCCUUCAACCAGCUUUCCUUAUCAGACUCUCCAGGAUGCCUGAGAUGCGGAAUAUGGUCCAAUCGAGGGAAGAGGGAGUCCUUAUAGAAGUCGGGGAUAGAAAAGUUAGUCAUUUAACUGUCUCGGAGUCGGUGGACGACACGACACCGGUUUCUUGGCCCAGCAGCAUUUACAGUGAUAUCUCAUUAAACAGUGACAAUCGUGCGCAUGAGAUACACAAUACCCUCGACCUACCACUACGCGCGACUCCCGAACAAUCCCUGUUCGGCGAUACUUUUCGCGAGACGCUUAACGUCAACCUCCAUGGCGAAGAGGACCUUCGUUUCCUCAUGACCUACAAGGACUACGUCUUUCCACUACUUCACCCCUUCUAUCACACUUCGUUCUUCGAAGGCGGCCAUAACUGGCUUCUGGUUGCUGCCUUUGGAAACCCCGAGUCAAGACAGUUGAUCGUGACCCUAGUUACGUACUUCUUCUCAGUCGUGCCCCUCGUUCCUGGCGCAGGAUAUACCUUGUGUUCGACCUUUGCCUGGGAGCAGGUUCAAAAGCAAUCGGAGCAAGCUUUCAAGGGAAUGCAGCAUAGAGUUGAGAUGCUUGGCGCCACCGCGAAUCUAUGGGAGAGAACACAUCUCUUUGGAGACAUCAUGCUGUUACUCGAGCUCGAGACCAUGACUCAGUAUUCCCAAGCAUGGAGACCUCAUCUCGAUGCAGCGAUAAUACUUUUUAAGAAAAUUCUCGACUCACCAGAAUUGAGGCAUGUUGUGUGGCGCGUAACAUUUGAUCCAACUGAGAUGUCAGCCGACCAAGCGAACAGAAUUGAUUGCUCAGGCGUCAACUUGUUUUCCUCAACACAAGUGGCCUUACGCUUUUUCGCUGCCAAGAUCAUUCUCGGCGACAUCGUAUCUAGCAGUGCACUCGAGCAAGUUCCACGUCUCAAUGACUACUACGAAAAGUUGAUGUCGGGUCAAGGUGAAGCCAGUCUGAACAUGAAAGAUGUGACCGGGUGCGAGAACUGGGUUUUUCUCAGCAUUGCGGACACAGUGGCUCUUGACGCCUGGAAGAAAGAGACGAAAAUGAAUGGGAAUUUUUCAUUCAUGACUUUGGUUCAAUGUGCAGGCAAGGUUCUUGAAAAACUCGAUCGAGUCCUGGCCAUGCUGAAUGCUGAAGAGAGCCGAGCGCAAAACGCCCACCAUCAGCAAGGUGAGAUUUUCGCAGAGCUUACUCUACUACGAAGCAUGCGUCCUCCACAGGACGCUUACUACACCAUUACGCGGAUAUGGGCCACCGCUGCCAGACUGUAUCUUAUCGUUGUACUCUUGGGCUGGAGCCCUGGAACGAGCGACGUUGGCGAACUCGUAUCUGAUAACCUGAAGCUACUGCAAGACUUGAAUAAACCAAGCUGGUUGAUGCCGUUGGCCAGGCCCUUCUGCGUUACAGGGUGUUUGGUGUCCGAAAGCCAGGAAUUGGUAGUGGAGAGCAUCUUUGACAGAACAAAGCCAUUGAGUAACGUGGGUGGCUUGACUGAGGCUAUGAAGAUCGUUCGAGAAACGUGGAAACGGCGAGGGGUGUUGAAUCAGGAGUGGGACAUGGCGGCUUGUUUUAGGAGUUUGGACGAUAUUCCGUUGUUGGUUUGA